AUGGACAUAUUUCUCUGCAGUGUUUUACUAGCUUUACUGCAAGCCAAUCUUGGAGUUCAUUCAUUGUCGGAUAUACCGAAUGGUGAACCUACGCAACCGGUAGCUGAUACAUUGACGCCAGUAACAACACAAAGUUCUAAUCCACCUGAUGAUUCACAGGAUAAUACAGAUGUACAGAUGGAAGUAGCGGAAGUGCUGGCGGCUACGGGAAACACAGAAACAACAACUUCCAGUCCAGUUGAAGUGCCGGAGAAAGUGGAGGAGAAAAAGAUGCCUAUGCUUGGUGAGAAUGAAGAAUCUAUACCACCUGGAUACAGACAGAAAAGUGAAAAUGAAACUUCAACUGAAGAAUAA